CCUGCGUGCCCGUCGAUGCGGGCGCGGAGACAUGUCGUCAUUUCCGGUGUCCCGUCGCCGAGCGACAUGUCCGAGUGUCCCGUUAGCGGAGACGCCGCGUCUCCUUCUACGGAGGAAGAGCCUGCAGGGUUUGCAGACCUGUCGGAGCUGCCCGUCGAAGUUAGUGAGAGACGGCCGACUUGUUUACACUGCUACCGUCCAGAAAAGGUUUGCCUAUGUCCGUUCCUGCCAGCUGACCCCCUGGAGGUGUCGACCUGCCUGUAUAUUGUGCAACACCCUGCAGAGGAGAGUCGCGUGCUCCGCACUGUCCCGCUGCUUGCAGCCUGCUUACCGAAAGGAAAAUGUAAAGUUCUAGUCGGAAGAAGAUUUAAUGAAGAGAGGCACCCUGAGCUAGCUUCCGUGUGCAAAGACAGCCACACACUCAUUCUGUAUCCUGGAUCUGAUGCUGAGAACCUGGAAGAGCUGGAUAAGGACUUCACAACGCCACCACACAAUGUCAUUAUUAUAGAUGGUACUUGGAGCCAGGCCAAGGACAUAUUCCUCAGAAACUCUAUUUUCCGUUUACCCAAGCAGGUGCAGUUAAACAGUGCCACCUGCAGUCAGUAUGUGAUACGUACUCAGCCCACCAACAUGUGCCUGUCCACGUUAGAAUGCGCUGCCGUCACUCUGUCCAUUAUGGAGAGAAACCAAGCCAUUCCAGAGGUCCUUCUGAGGCCGCUGCAGGCUCUGUGCUCAUUCCAGCUGCAGCAUGGUGCGCAAGUGCACCACAGUAAAGAGCACCUGCUGAAAAGCGGCCUGUAUGACAAGCCCAUGCCCAGAAACAAGCGCAAGAUCAAGAGAAUGCAGAAACUGCUCACCAAUCAGAACAUCUGAGGUUUCACCAAGGAGAGAGUGAGUGUGAGUUUGUGUGAGUGUAUAUGUAAAUGUGAAUGUGUGUGUGUAGCCCACCGAGGAGUUCUCCUCUACUGGAAAUGUCCAGGCAUUCUGAACUGGAUGGACGGAUGUGGGGUUAAGGGCAUAUCCUCUUACAGGACUUUAACACUUCUUUGUAUUCUCAGCAACAGGAUAUUCCUCCACCUGUAUGUGGGUUUGUUUGUUGACAUUUUUCAACAAUUCAGUGAAUUUUUUUUUGUAACUUUAAAUCUACAUGUGAUCAGGGAUGGAAGAGAAAGUAUUACUGUUAUUAUGAGGCAAAAAACAACCGGCACAUGAUAUUAAGUUGCGUGUUUCUAAAUGGGACAGUGGAAAGGACCUCAGCUGAAACCCCCUUUAAGAUUAAGGCUUUCGCUGCCUUUAUUUUCAUACUGGCCAGAUGUAGGUGUUGAAAGGUUCCCUUUCAAAAGUGCAACAUGCACAAAUGGAAUUUCCCCUCAGUUUUUCUGUGGACAUUUUUUAGACAACAAAAGGGAAAACACCAUAUUUACUGUUUUGUUGUCAUGAUUUAAUACCUUAAGAAUAUAGAAGGAGUUGGCCAGGUGUCUGCCUCGAUGACAAAAUCACUUGCUGCUUCAUAGUGCAGAUUGUGGUUAGUGCUGAGGGAUGUAAGAGUGCUGUUUCUGUGAUCUGAAGUAUCCUAACACUUACCAUUGUAUUUUAUGCCUUGUUUAGUGAUUUCAGAGGUAUAGAAUUUAACCUAACUAUUGGCGUUUCAAUUUACCUUAAUUAAUUAUUAGAGAAAAAUUGUGUAAAAACGCAUUAUACCCGAUUUGUGUGAUUUGUGUAUUCAUUGUGUAUGAAUAAAUAUCCCAGUUGUCUUUUUUC